GUUGCAUCAUGUCGGAGCAGGCACAACGGCGGACGAGUUUUUCCCAAUUGUAGAGAGUUCAUGUGACUUUAUUCACAUUUACAUUAAAAAAAACAGCGGUUUACAGAGUCCCGAAGCUUUCUGCGCAGACAGACACGGAGUCUGUAAAGAAAACACAAGCAUUUUAUCUGCUAGCUUGUGUGCUAGCGUUGUCGCUGGGGAGCUCGGAGAUGUGCACACAGACGAAGGCUGCGGCUCUGAUGGCCAACAUCCCGCAGGCAGACAUCGACCCGUCCGGCGUCUUCAAGUACGUCCUCAUCAGAGUUCACAGCAGAGAGACGGGAGACGACUCGGAGGUAGAUAUAGUCCGAGGAUACGGCUGGGCUGAGUACCAUGCUGAUAUCUAUGAUAAGGUUUCAGAGGAGCUGGAAAAGAGCGGCGACCUGGACUGUGAGUGUAUCGGAGGAGGGAGGAUCAGACAUGAUUCCCAAGCCAAGAAAAUCCACGUCUAUGGAUACUCCAUGGGAUUUGGAAGAGCGAACCACGCAGUAACUACUGAGAAACUGAAGGCUUGGUAUCCAGACUAUGAGGUGACCUGGGACAAUGAAGGAUAUUGAGCUGAUCUACGCCCUUUCUCCUGGACUAACGAUGCACUUACAUUUCUGUAACCCCUCAUGAGAACGCAGAGUCAUUAAAGACUGAGACUGACAUACAGCAACAAGUCUGAUUAGGGAAAAGGCCUUUUUUGAGGUUACUUUAUGUUGCAGUUUGAGUAAAGAAAGAGCAAGCUGCUGUUUUUCACAUUUGUACUCUAUUUGGAUCUAAAACUAAUACAUGAUUAUCUUGCAUGGCGACAUAGUCACUCACUGACUUGUUUUAGAGUCACGUAGCCUCAUUGAUGGGAUCUAAUCAAUAAGAUAUGUUGUAAAGUGAUCCUUAAAUGCUUUGUCAUGAUGUAUGGUUCAUAAAUGAAAUCUGCUUCUUAAGCUGUGUGCAUACAGUACUGUGUUCCUUCUGUUGCAGAGCAGAAUAAUGAGAGGGCCCUCCAUUGUUUCUUAUCUUACUGUUGGCCAACAGCAUGUGUGUUCCUGGCAGCCACCAGACUGUAAACUGCUGCUGAAUGUUGUGGCCUGUGAUAAGAUAAGACCAAAUGAACUUGAUGAUUGUCCAACCGGUGUGCUUAAGAGUUUUGAAAUCAUGAUCUGUACUGCUGAUGUUGCCAGUGAGAGGAUAUGAUGAGAUUUAGUACAUCUAGAUAUUAAACCUUUUUUUUAUUUAUUUUGCAGGCAGUGCAACAAGCUGUAAACACAACAUUGACUAUAUUAACUAUAUGUCCAUGUGUUAGCUGACCAGCUAGCCAGUCACCAGCAGACACAGUCAAAUGUCAGCAUUCAUUCACUCAGUUGCCAGCUUUAAGUCUAGUAAUUACUCCUGUUGGCAUUUUUAAAUAUCCACUAACCCCUGAGAGAAAUAUCUGGCUCUACAGCUGCUCUACUGUCGUCACCAGCUAACUUUAUCUGUCUGCUGUUUGAUGCUGGGCAGGUAGCGUUCAUGGGGGUUUCAGCAAACAACGGCAUACGAAACUGAAUCCAAACAGUAAAGCUGCAGACUGUAAAACUAAAACAACUUGUUGGAAAACACUAAAAGGCUCUGUGGAUAUUUUAGUACAAAGACUGGAAGCAGGAAAACUGUUAGUGUAGCUCGCUCAGAGGUGUAAAAUAUGCCCUCCAACUCAAAAACUGUUCCACUUAUGUUUCAAAUUGUUGCCAGUAAGAUGGUUCCCAAUAUAGUUAUUCUAAAAAAAAAAAAAGCAGCCAAGUUGCAUUCGCUGUACA